GUUUUGGGAAGGUUAUGUGAGUGAUGAGACAAUGGGCACCUUUGCUCCCAUUGUAGUUUACUGGCUCUAUGCUGGCUUCUUUCAGGUAAUGCUGGCUUCUGGUUUUCUGGACAAGCAUCGGCUGCAUACAAGGGAAGAAGGAGAAAAGAAGAACUUGGUGCCAUUAUCAAGUGUGAUCAAGGGUGUUCUGCUUCUUCAGAUUCUGCAGAUAGCAACCGCGCAUUUCUACUUCUCGUUAACAUCGAGUGGAGUUGCAGCAGAUCAGAUGACAAUCCAGCCCUCCGUUCCGAUACAGAUCCUGCAGAUAAUCUUAGCGAUGUUCGUAAUGGACGCGUGGCAGUACUUUGGUCAUCGGUACAUGCACCGCAACAAGUUCUUAUACCGCCACGUGCAUUCCCAACACCACAAGCUAGUUGUGCCUCAGGCUAUUGGAGCCAUGUACAAUCACCCGCUCGAGGCUCUCUUUCUCGACAUGGGUGGAGGUGUUGUCUCUCUAAUCAUCUCCGGAAUGACUCCCAAGGCCGAGGUUAUUUUCCUUUGCCUGGCUUCGAUAAAAGGCGUGGAUGAUCAUUGUGGAGUUUGGUUCCCUCGGAGCAAUGUUCUCCACUUGUUAGUUGCAAAUCGUUCUGCCUAUCACGACGUUCACCAUCAAUCUCGUGGCGGAAAGUACAACUUUUCGCAACCGUUCUUCUCCUUUUGGGACAGACUCAUGGGGACUCAUAUGCCCUAUGUUGUGUUGAAGCGCCCGGAAGGAGGUUAUGAAGCAAGGAUGGUGAUGAAAGACUAGUAAUUGUGAGAUUGUGAAUGUAUUGCAUGAAUAAUUUGUUAUGGUUUGCAAAGAAUAUUUGAGUUCAAAUUUUUUAUUAAAAUAC